UUUGACUCAAUUGUCGAUGACUAACGAACCGAUAAGCAAAAUCUGUGACUGGGGGCUGAAAUAAAAACAUCUAUGUUCAUCACUGGCCCCCGCCAUUUGCCACAUACAAUUAAUUAUAUUCCUUUGUUUUUUUUUAAUCCUCCGCCAAUUUGUUCGCAAAAUUGUACUGUAAAAUGGCAACUGGUAUAUGUUUCUUUCAUUCUACGUCCUCUCUUCACCCGUUGUUCCUGUACAGAAGAUGGAACAAUGGGAAGAUUGGAGGAACGAAAUUUACUUCUUUGAAUUUCGUGGGAUGGAAGCAGAGGACGACUUUGAUCUGUGCAGUCGGUAAUGAUGCUGAAAAAUCGUUUAAAAAGACUGUGGAAGUUGACAGACUUAUAGAUAUGCUAAGAGAUGCAGAUGACAAAGAACUUCAGAAACUUGUUGUGGAGAAUGUUCUUGCUUUCAAUGAGGGUUUUUGGAUACGACUUGCAGCUAGAACAGAAACGUGCAAAUCGGAGGAUGAUAAGAAAGACUACGAAGAAUUAGCUGCAAUAUUAAUGAGUGUGGUGGAUCGUCUUGUCCACAAGACUAAUGAAAAAAUAGAAUCGGCUACUGAUGUGCUCAAGGCAAUUUUGAGACCUGUCAUUGAAGAAGAAGAAGAGAUCCAUUGGCCUCCUAGAAACCCUAAGGCUCUCAUUCUCAUGCAAACAGAACUACACCAAAGAGAGCAAGAAGGUUGUCUUGAUGAGGGAUUCCUUUCAGAAGUUAAUGCACAGCUACGGCAAGCAAAAGAAGACGGUGAUAAACCAGGGCUUGAGGCUAUGUUGCAAAAGGUCUUGCAACUGUAUGCUUCAAGGGUCCUCUCUAAGCGUAGUUAUGCCAAAAAAGGGAACGAGGUACUGAAAGCUGAGCAGUUUCUUGAGACAUUAAUCCAAGCUCCAGAAACAGAAUGGAAUAAGCUGUUAAUCAACGGAUUGAAUGUUGGUAAAGGCGAUAUUUCCCCUGAAGAAUUAUUCACUGUCGUGAAGAAGCGUAUUGAAAGAAUAUUGAUCAGAACGGAGGGUGGAUCAUAUCAGCAGCGUAUUCUCACCGAGUACGUAAAAGGCAUCUUAGCAAGGGCAGUGGACCUUGUCAAUGCACUCCAAGCUGGUACUUAGUUCCGUAAAUCGCCAAGUUCUUGAACUGUAUAACUGUGACAAUUUUGUAUGAGUCACUCAGCCUCUCUCGAUUUUUAAUUUAUUUUUAUUUCCUUUGAAGUAUAUAUAUAAAUCAAUCUUAUUUGUAUUUCUCUUAUCAGCAAUUUUAUGUGCAAUUUUUUUUUUUGUUGUUUUUUUUAUAUAUUGAUAAUUGAUGUUGUAAAGUUUAUUAUUCUUAACGUUUUAUACAUAUUUAUAUUUAUUGAA